GGCCUGACCGUCUCUUUAGCCUUUGUGUCCGCAGAGUCGAGACAGGAAGGAGUGAUCACAGGGGGACUCUGAGGAAGUGGUUGGAUUUCUCUUGGGAUGCUUGGGAACUUGCACAAACGGACCAAGUUUUACUGAAAACUUCUCAAGAACCAAACCCCCAACACAGGUGCUUUUGUCCUUGCUCGAGACGAUGCUCCACCUGUGGUUGUUCCUGCUCCCUUGCCUGAGCCUCGUGACCCUGUCUCCGGCUGAGAAGGGCCUGGAGUUCCCACAGUACGACGGAAAGGACCGUGUUCUCGAUAUCAAUGGCAAGAACUACAAAAGAGCCUUGAAGAAGCACGGCAUGCUCUGCCUUUUCUACCACGAACCCAUCCCAGACAACAAGGAGCAGCAAAAAAAACACCAGAUGACCGAGCUGGUGCUGGAGCUUGUGGCUCAGGUGAUGGAGGAAAAAGACGUUGGCUUUGGAAUGGUUGACGCCCUUAAAGAUGCAAAGGUGGCCAAGAAACUGGGCUUGGAGGAGGAGGGAAGCGUCUAUGUUUUUAAGGCUGACAGGGUGAUCGAGUUUGAUGGUUUGCUCUCUGCCAACACUCUGGUGGAGUUCUUGUUGGAUUUACUGGACGAGCCUGUGGAAGUCUUGGAAAAUAGUCUGGAGCUCAAAGCCUUUGAUAGAAUGGAGGCAGACAUCCGUCUCGUCGGUUACUUCAAGAGUGAAGAGUCUGAGCAUUAUGAAGCAUUUAAAGAAGCUGCAGAGCAUUUCCAACCCUACAUUAAGUUCUUUGCUACAUUUGAUAGAUCUGUGGCCAAAGAGCUGACUCUUAAACUGAAUGAAGUAGACUUCUAUGAGCCCUUCAUGGAGGAGCCUGUCACCAUCCCUGGCAAGCCUCACUCUGAGGAGGAACUGGUCGACUUCAUCAACAAACACAGAAGACCAACCCUGCGAAAGCUGCGUGCAGAGGACAUGUUUGAGACGUGGGAAGAUGAUAUAGAAGGAAUCCACAUUGUGGCGUUUGCAGAGGAAGAAGACCCUGACGGAUAUGAGUUUUUAGAGAUCCUGAAGGAGGUGGCCAGAGAAAACACUCACAUUCCUAACCUCAGCAUCAUCUGGAUCGAUCCCGAUGACUUCCCUCUGCUCAUUCCUCACUGGGAGAAGACCUUCAAACUGGACCUGUUCAGACCACAGAUCGGAGUCAUUAAUGUGACGGAUGCGGACAGUGUGUGGAUGGAAAUGGAGGAUGAGGAGGACCUGCCCACACCUCAAGAGCUGGAAGACUGGAUUGAAGAUGUGCUUUCAGGCAAAGUCAACACUGAAGAUGAUGAUGACGAUGAAGAAGAUGAGGAUGAAGAUGACGAUGAAGAAGAAGAUGAUGAAGACGAGGAUGAAAAUGCCGAAGAUGAUAAUGAAGAAGAGGAUGAGGAGGAAGAUGAUGAUGAUGAGUAAAUGUUUUUUGAUAUGUCAUUGAUAACUUAAGUUUUUUGAUGUGUUCUUAUUGAUUGUUAAAAAAAAUCUAUCAUUCAUUAUUUAAAAUUUGCCUUUUUGACUGUAAAUAAUCUGGAACAGGUUUGGGGGGAUUAAAUUAGAAAUGGCUUUUAUGUGGAAAAGACUUGACAAAUGUUAAGUUAAUGAAUAAAUAAUACAUCAAUA